AUGACCGACGUCACCAAACAGAUCAAGACCGUAUUCGUCGGUGGUCUCGAUCAACAAGUCACACAGCAAACUCUCCACGACGCCUUCAUCCCCUUUGGCGACAUUACGGACGUGUCAUUACCCAAACCAGAACUAGCAUCAAACAAAGACCCCCACCGCGGUUUCGGCUACGUCGAAUUCUCUCUCGCAGAAGAUGCUCGCGAAGCAAUCGACAACAUGGACCAAUCCGAACUCUACGGCCGCGUGAUCAAAGUCAAUCAAGCCAAACCACAGAAGAACCGUGACGAAGGCCUGGGGAGUCGGACUGCAGUGUGGGAGCAGGAAGGUUAUGCCGCCAAAUACAACGUCGAUGACAACGACAACGACAACGACGUUGGUGCUGGUGACAAUGCACAGGGAGGACGGAGUGGUACGGACGAUGCGAUGCAAGGACUCGAAGGUCUCGCUGAAGCUGGACCGAGAAUGCAAUGA